CCUCGAUUUGCAAUUCUGGGCUCUGCCUCCCAGGCUCCGGAGGAGGCGCCGCUCCCCCCGCCCCACCCCCCGAGAGCGGAGGAGGAGAUCGCAGCCUGGCUGAGCCCGGCUCGGGGGCCACAGCGCAGCUGGCUCCCCGCGUGGCGCGCAGGUGCUGGCUCCGGGCGGCGCGGGGCGAGGGCGGCCGGCUGGCCAUGACCGGCGGGCCCUAUGCGGAGUGCGGGGCGCUGGGCAGGACCGCGGCGGGGCGGCGGUUCCCAGGGGGCCAAGUCUUUCCCGAAGGAGCUGGCGGGGGGCGCCUGUCCCGUCCCGAGCCGCAGCACACGGGCAGCAGCCGCCGCUGUCACCGGCAUGUCUGCGGGACGGCUCCUGCCUGCGCGCCCGGGAGGCUCCCUGCACGGAUCCCCCCGGCUGCAGGAGCCCUGACGGAGGAGGCGAAGCUCGGCCGGGUUUGAAAGUUUGCCAGACACCCGCUAGGUUUAAUUGCGGUCAAGAUCCGCGGGGCGGCGGGGGGCUGUUUCCCAGCAUGGGAGACAGGCGGCCGGAGACUCACGCCAGCUCUUCCCCUGCCGUGGCUGCCAGCUCCGAAGCAGAAGAAAUAGAGGUUUUGGAGUCGGAGGAUGUCUUGCCUAUGGCCACAGAGGAUCACUGGAAAGCUCUGUUUGAUCAGUUUGACCCCGAGAGCACUGGCUACAUCAGCACUGAGAAAUUCCGAAACCUCCUCCAAAGACACGGCUCUGAGCUGGACCCACACAAACUGGAGGUGCUCUUGGCCUUGGCAGACAAUAAUUCAGACGGGAAGAUCUGUUACCAGGACUUCGUCAACCUGAUGAGCAACAAAAGGUCCAAUAGCUUCCGCCAAGCCAUUCUGCAGGGGAACAGGAGGCUGUGCAGCAAGGCACUGCUGGAGGAGUCAGGACUAAGCCUGUCCCAGAGGCUAAUUCGACACGUUGCGUAUGAGACCCUGCCACGCGAGAUAGACCGGAAGUGGUACUACGACAGUUACACCUGCUGUCCUCCACCCUGGUUCAUGAUUGCCAUCACCAUUGUAGAGGUUGCCUUUUUUCUUUACAACGGAGUGGUAUUAGACAGAUUUGUGCUGCAAGUCACCCAUCCUUUAUACCUGAAGAACUCAUUAGUGUAUCAUCCUCAGCUCCGUGCUCAGGCUUGGAGGUACCUAACCUACAUAUUCAUGCAUGCCGGGAUAGAACACCUUGGACUCAAUGUUGUUCUUCAGCUUCUGGUUGGGGUUCCCCUCGAAAUGGUACAUGGAGCAGCAAGGAUUGGCUUCGUCUACAUUGCUGGAGUUGUAGCAGGUUCCCUGGCGGUAUCGGUAGCUGACAUGACUGCGCCAGUGGUGGGUUCCUCUGGAGGGGUUUAUGCGCUUAUUUCUGCUCAUCUGGCCAACAUAGUAAUGGUAAGUACCAGAACGAUUGUCAAGCCUAUUCGAAAGGGAAUAAAUUCUGGGAGACUAGAUGGCUCUGGGCAGAUUGGUAGUGGGGCCUAAAUCAGCAGUCUGAAUCCAGCCUGGGUCAAUAGUGACAAAUAUGGUCACAAUUGGAUGAUUGCUUGUCAGCCUGCCAAGGAUGUGAAUGGGCCAGAAAGAAUGAAUUGCCCUCUUGCCCCUAGAGGUGAUCCCUCUGCCCCAGAGUUGAGGUACAUUGGUUGGAGGGGCACAGUGUAUGUGGGAAGCUUUCAGCGCCCCUGUCCAUGCACUUCUUCGGUGCAUAGAGGACUUCAGUUUCAAUCU